AUGGUUAUACUCUUGUGUUCCAAUCUCUGUGAAGAUGAUAAUAGUCCUCCAAAGUCUAGUGAAUGUGAUGAAGAGAAUGUCCAAAUCCUUCAUAUGCAAGGUUCAUGUGAUGGGAGAAUCACAAGAAAACAAGUCCCUGAAAGCAUAAAAGAGAUGAAGAAGAGACAUGCUCAAGCCUUGCAACUCCACAAAUUGCUAUUCAAGGAAAUACCAACAUUAACAAAUGAAGAACUCAAUUAUCUUACGUUUAACGAUAUAAUGUAUGAUGCCAUCAAGUGUGGGAUAGUUGAGUUUAUCCAUGAGCUAAUCGCAUCUAACCCUGAUUUAGUAUGGAGAGUUGAUAACAAGGGAAGAACACUAUUUGCAUAUGCCAUUCUACUUCGUCAAGAAAAAAUCUUCAGCCUUAUAUAUGAACUGGGUGAAAAGAGAUACUCAAUAAUGACAAAAAGGGAUGUAUUUGGCAAUAACUUCUUAAAUUUGGCUGCUAAGUUGUCCCCUGCCUUUCAACUUGAUCGAGUUCCUGGUGCAGCUUUGCAAAUGCAAAAUGAAUUACGAUGGUUUAAUGAAAUAGAGAGCAUGGUACCAGCGAAUUACAAGGAGCGAACCAAUGAAAAUGGUCAUACACUUAGUGCUUUAUUCACUAACGAACAUGCAGAGUUGAUGAAACAAGGCGAGACAUGGAUGAAGAAUACCAUAGCUUCAUAUAUGGUUGUGGCUGCUCUUAUUGCCACUGUUGUGUUCACUACAGCAUUUGCACUUCCCAGUGACAAAAAAAAGAACUCAUACAUGUCAUUUCUAAUAUUUAUCACUACAAAUGCAUUAUCUCUCUUUUCUUCAAUUUCUUCAUCCACAAAAAAUAACACUUCACUAUUAAUUUUUCUUGGUAUCCUUACUUCAUCUUUUGCUGAGAAUGAUUUUCACAAGUCCUUAUCUGAAAAACUAAUAAUUGGUCUUUCCACUCUUUUCUUCUCAGUAGUAACUAUGAUGAUAGCCUUCGACUCUAGCAAUUUUAUUCUGAUCGAAAAACGAUUGGCUUGGAUUGACAUUCCAGUCACUGUUCUUUCCACAAUCCCCAUUGCUUUCUUUAUAUUUUUUCAAUUUUAA